AACUCCCGCAGACAAGAUGCUUGCUCCUUUUGCUUGCAAUAGAUGCAAGCAAAGGAAGGGGAAGUGUGACAAAGCAUUACCACAAUGCGGACAUUGCCGAAGAAACGGUGGAAAAUGUGAAUAUCCCAGUGGUCUUCGGCCAUCCAACGCGCACAGCUCCUUGAUUGCCCUUCAGGCCCAGCAGCGAGUUGUGCAGCAACCUUUCCCGCCUUCUUUCUUCCUGGAUAUGAAUAUCUUUCGCCAGGCUCGACUGGAACUUCCACGGCCUAGUCUAGCAGUUCCGGCAUAUGUCAGCGACUUUCUGGGUGGAGAUGAGGAGGUCCGGCAGAUGGUGACAACCUUUUUCAGUAAUGUCUAUGCAUAUAUGCCAUGUAUAUCAAAGACUUGGAUAUACCAGCAUCUCCUCAGUCCACUUACCCCAGUCCAUGCAGAUUCUACUCUGCUCCUUCUUUCCAUGCAGUUGAUAAACUGGACACCAACGGCAUCUGAAAGUCCCAAAUCCCCUGCGUAUAUUGCCGCAAAGCAGUUUUUCUUUGAGCUAGAGAAUGCUGGGAAUCUGAGCAUCAGACUCGUACAAGCAGGUAUCUUCAUAGCUCUUUACGAGCUUGGACACUGCAUUUAUCCGGCUGCUUAUAUGUCUGUUGGCACAUGCGCUAGACAUGCAGUAGCACUGGGACUUGACAAGGACAUAAAGCAGAGUAACGCAACGGGACUCCCAUGGGAUGAUAUAGAGGAGAGAAGGAGGGUAUGGUGGGCAAUUUUGAUUCUAGACAGGUUCAUCAACUUGGGGAAUCCACCACGCAUGCUUGCUACUGCGGACCCAGCAACUGGUGACAUUCUCCCAGCUGACGAUGCUUCAUGGGAGCAGGGGUUGUUGCAUGCGACCGAAUUAUUCACCAUAGGAUCCCAGUCACAACUACGAAUGGGACGAUUCGCACGAUUUGCUCAAGCAACAUAUCUUUUAGGACAAGUUAUCAGACAUGUCUCUGAUGAGCCUAGAGAUGACGCUUUCUACGUGCAAGAAGCUGCACAAUUGAAUCGCACUCUUCACGCUCUUAUCCACCUCUCCCAAUCUGAAGCAGAGACUAGAAGUCUUGAAUUCUGUACACAGACAGCAGCGUGCUACAUGUAA